AUGUCGUCCGGAGUCCUGCCAAAUUUGGCGAUGAACCACUUGUUUCUCGCCGGUUUGAUCAUUCUCCUACCGUUGAUCUUCUUGACUGUACGUUCCGAUAGCAAAGAUGACCCGCCGUCGAUGGCGGAGACUAUCCCCUUCGUGAGCAACACAUUCCAGUACAUGACGAACUCCAGGGCGUUUAUGCAACGCGCAAGCCAAGCUUUAAGAUCCAAGAAUAUCGUCAAACUUCGUCUUGGACCGGUACGCGUGUAUCUCAUCAAGGGAGGCCAGCAAGUCCAAGCAAUGUUCCGAAAGUCGACCGCCAUGAGCUCUGACAAAUUUGUAAUUAUGGUCUUGAAAAAGCUCCAGGGGUCACCUGAACAAGACGUCGCCAGGUUUGCCAAUGACAAAACGGGCCGACUGAAGAUUCCAGAGGCGGGAUUUGAGAAUGUGCCCGAGGACCAGCGCUACUGGCACACUUUACAUCAAAUUACCACCAAGAACCUUUCCAUCAUUGAUAACACGUCACAGCUAGCUAGCAAGUAUAUCGACUUCCUGGGCGAGGCUUUGGAGAAACAGCCGUUGGGAGAGUGGUCAAAAGUUCGGGUGUUUGAGUACCUAAGAAAAGACAUGGCGGAAAGCGCGGUCAAGUCACUCGCCGGUACUAAACUCUUGAAGAUCAACCCGGGAUUCAUCGACCAAUUUUGGAAGUUCGACGGCGUUUCCCACCAGGUGCUUAACGGCCUCCCGCAAUGGAUCAAUCCCAAGCCGACUCGAGAGCGAGACAAACUCCUCGCGAUGACGGAGAAGUUCCUGAAUCAAGAGUUUGACAAGUUUGAUUGGAAUGGACUGGGCACAGAUACGUACUGGGAACCGACUUUCGGCUGCGGCUACUCGCGCGAUCUUCAGAAGUGGACUUAUGACCAGAACAUGACGAUGCGAACACGUGCAGGGUUUCUUGCGAUGUCGAUCUUUGCGGUCAAUUCGAACACGGUGCCCGUAACAACGUGGUUCAUCAUGGAACUUCUCAAAGAUCCGAGUCUCUUUGCCGCAGUCCGUGUCGAGGCCUCUGAGGCGCUGUUGAUUGAUCCCGAAACCGGGAAGCGGGGAUUUGACAGCCAGAAGCUGGUUUCGUCGCCAUUGUUGCAAUCAAUCUACAUCGAGUGCAUGCGGUUACAUGUAUCCAUCGGAAUCACCCGCGAGAUCAUGGAAGACACAAUCUUGGACGGCUACCGCUUGAAGAAAGGGUCUCUAAUCCAGGCACCAACGAACCUCGGACACCAGGAUGACGAUGUGUGGGCUAGAAAUGGCCAUCCUGCAUCGGAGUUCUGGGCCGAGCGUCACGUCAGGUACGUCCCGAAAGUUGAUGAAACCAUAGGCAAGGUGAAGGCAGAGAAGAUAUUUGUCAUGGCAGGAAAGCCAAGUGACUUCUUUCCGUUUGGUGGAGGGGUCUCGAUGUGUCCAGGACGUCACUUUGCUAAGCAGGAGAUUCUGCUCACGGUCGCGACCCUAGUUACGCGGUUCGACAUGGAAAUCUUGGAAUGGACUUACAUGGAUGGAAGGAAGUCUGACCGACCCGCAAAGGAUAAUGAGAAGUACUUCCUGAAUGCGGCUGUGCCUCCCGACCGUGAUGUCAGGAUCCGGUGGAAGAGACUGUGGUAG